UGUUUUUAUGAGUGUAUAACGUGUAUAACCAAAAUAAAAAAUGUGAUUUUUAUUAUUUUGUAUAUAUAUACAGUAUUAAUGUAAUGAUUGUUUAAUUAUUUAGUUCAAUCAACAAUGUUAUAGAGUGAAAUAUAUUUAUAUAAAAUAAAUAAAGUAUGCUUGGAACAAGAAAACUUAUCGUUUCCUUUAAUUUAUCUUUUUAUUACAGAAAUUUAUUUAAACGAUCUAUGGUAACAAUGUCGUCGAGUCGUUUAGUUGCAAUUUGUCAAAUGACAUCAGUGUCGGAUAAGGAAAAAAAUUUUCAAAUUGUUCGUGAUCUAACCCGUGAAGCCAAACAAAAAAAUGCUUCCAUCGCAUUUUUUCCAGAAGCAUGUGAUUAUUUAGCUGAUAAUAAACAGGAUAUCGUUGGAAUGGCGGAAAAUUUAGAGGGAAAUAUAGUUAAAAAAUAUAAACAACUUGCAUCGGAGGAAAAAAUUUGGUUAUCCCUUGGCGGUAUUCAUGAAGCGAUAGAUAAAUAUCCCGAUAAAGUGUACAAUGCUCACGUUUUAAUAAACGAUAAAGGCGAAAUUGUUUCUGUUUAUCGAAAAAUACAUUUGUUUGAUAUGGACAAUAAACAAACUGGUGUACGAUUAAUGGAAUCUGAUUAUGCAAUGAAGGGUAGUAAUAUUGAACGUCCAACUUUAAGUCCAGUAGGAGAAAUUGGACUAGGCAUUUGUUACGAUAUGAGAUUUCCAGAAUUGGCUUUGUGUCUACGAAAAAUGGGUGCGAAAAUUUUAACUUAUCCAUCGGCAUUCACUUUUGAAACAGGGGCAAAUCAUUGGGAAGUAAUGCUACGUGCCAGAGCAAUUGAAACUCAAUGUUACGUUAUUGCAGCUGCUCAAACUGGCCGACAUAAUAAAAAAAGAGUCAGCUGGGGUCAUUCCAUGAUUGUAGAUCCAUGGGGAACGGUUAUAGCGCAAUGCUCACAAGGAAUUGGUUUGCAAAUUGCGUCAAUUGAUUUCGAUUUUAUCAAUCGUGUUCGUGCGGAUAUGCCACUUGAGGAUCAUCGUCGCACUGAUAUCUAUCCAAAAAUGGAAUCUUAUUGUUGAAUACAUAGAAAAAAAUAGAGAAAUUUCUAAAAUAUUCUUAGAGAAAAUUCACUGUAAAAUAUUUCAAUGUGAAAAUUUUUUUAAACAUUCUUUAUAACAGUCUCGUGUAUAUUUUGUUUUUAAAUAGACUUACAAAAUUCUACAUUCACAACAAAUACAACAUCAAAAUCAUUUUAUCUAACUUAUUUAAAUUAAUUAAAAAAUUAAUAUUUUUCUUGUGGACUAGUGAUGAAAAAAAAAAAAAUUGAUAAAAGAAAAAAAUUCUCCCGAUAGAAGAGAAUUUUUUUUUUCUUUUUAAAGUUCUGUCUUUUGACACUUGUGCCCGUUUUCAAAUUUUAUUGUGAUUUAUUUUUUUUUUUCUUAAAAA